AUGUCUUCUAUACCACCCCUUCCUCCCGUGCCGGCGAAACACUCUGGCCUUUUGAGCUACAUCAAAUCUAACCGUGAUACCCCAGUCGGAGAGCUACUCAAACCGUACAAUGAAUACGAUUCGGUGUUGCGCCAGAUUUUCGCCCAGGAGCCUACUAACGCUCUGUUGGCCGACAAUCAUGUCAAUUUGGUGCCAUUGUACGAUGGUGAUGGCACUGCGGAUCUCCUUGUUCAGGCUCGAGACUUGAGAUCCGAGCCAAAGGAAGUUAGUGACAAGUAUAUCCUAUCCCUCAAGGAUGAGGAUCGCAAACCAAAUGGUUCUCCGGCUAUCGUGACUACGUUUAAAGAGUUCCAAACCAACUUCAACCUGUUCUCCGAGAGCUCUCUAAGCGAUCUCGAUUGGAGCAAUGUCGUGGCUGCCGGAAGCUCUGUCGUGUCUGCUCUUCUCCCAGUGCCGGAAGAGUAUAAUGAAUCAAAGCGACAACUUCGUCACUUCUAUCACCAAAAAUUCGCUCCUGCCUCCGACGUUGAUCUCUUCAUUUACGGGUUGAAUGAAGAACAGGCUAUUGAAAAAAUCAAACAAAUGGAACAAAAGAUAAAGGAUUCAAUCUUAUACGAAACAACAUCUGUCAGGACGAAGAAUACCAUUACCAUUGUGUCCCAAUACCCUACUCGUCAUGUCCAGAUAGUUUUGCGGAUCUACAAAUCAAUUGCAGAAAUUGUUACUGGAUUUGACGUUGAUUGCGCCUGUGUGGCCUAUGAUGGCCAUAACGUCUAUGCUGCACCUCGCGCAGUCGCCGCUCUUAUGACCCAGGCGAAUAGAAUUGACCUCACAAGACGCUCCCCAUCUUAUGAGAAUCGUCUAUCAAAAUACUCACAUCGCGGGUUUGAGGUGUUUUGGCCUGAACUAGAUCGCUCUCGCAUUGACCCUACAAUUUUUGAGAGGAGCUUUAUGAAGACAGUUGGAUUGGCUCGUCUCUUGGUUCUAGAACGGCUGCCAACUCCAAGUGAUCGAGAGAUGUAUAUGGAGCAAAGACGUCUGGAACGUGGCCGCCCACCUCUGAUUACCAAUUCACGACGAAACAUGAGAAAACUACGAGGAAAUAUUAAAAAUGAUUGGGAAGAUGAAGUAGCAGAUUGGGUGGAUGAAGAGGAAAUAUCUGAUUAUCAUACAAUUACGAUCCCAUACGGGGAGAAGUUCCACGCAAGAAAAAUCGAGAAGCUUUUAUACACACACGACUUGUUGUUGAAUGCUGAGUGGAACAAUCAGAAACGGGACGUUAACCUUCAUCGACACCCUGUAUUUUUUGGGGAUGUUAAGGAUAUUAUCCAAGAUUGCUGUGGUUCUUGCCCAAAGCCGACUACUCCAGAGGAAGAGGAGAUAUGGGAAGCGGAAAGCAAGAUCUACAUAUCGGGAGAGAUCUCCUUCAUCAAAGAUGAUCCUGGCAGGCAGGCAAUCGGAAGUUUCAACCCCAUCACUGAAACAGACUGGACUGAAAUGGCAUAUAUCGGAAAUACCACUCGGCUCUUCCAAGCAAUUGUCGAUAAUGACCUUGAAACGGUUCGGGAAUGGCUUGCGCAGGAGGACGCCGACCCUUAUCGUCGUGAUCAUACGGGAAGAACUCCUUUACACCUUGCAACAAUGGUAUCUACACCAGAGAUUGUCCAGUGCCUCGUUGACAAUGGGUCAAGGCUCAUUGCACGCCUUGCUGAUGGUCGAAUGGCUUUGCAUCUUGCAGCCGCACGUGGCAACGUCGAGAUUAUCCGAAUUCUACUCAACAAGAGUGCAGAAAAUGAAGAAGCAGAAGAAGCUAAGAAAGACCAGCUACGUAAGGAUGCGAAAAAUCCACAAGAUUCGGUCAACAACGUCAAAGAUAUCGAUAUGGAGGGUGCGGAUGACUUAGAAAUUGUCAGCGAAAAUGCAGAGGACUCGGAUGACAAGAUGUCUUUCGUGACGGGCUCUUUUGUUGACGUUAAAAAGGAUGACGCAGAGCAAGUCGAGGAGGACAACGUCCCUGAUGACGACAAAGCAUCUGAGCCAGAUAUUAUAGAUAUCAACGCCAUAGCUUGGGACAGUCAGGCUUCUCCCCUGCAUAUCGCUAUUAUCCACAAUCAUCCAGAUGUUGUGAAGGAACUCGUUUCUUCUUAUGGGGCGGAUGUACUCCUUCCCAUCAAGCUGAAGGAACUUCACAGGGGCCUGCGCGCAAUCCUUCCUCUUACUUUACCCCUUCGACUACCUCUUGAGAAGGCUAUCAACAUGACAGAGGUACUCCUGAAUUUGGGUGCUACUCCGGCCCAGGCAGAGAUAACUGGAAAAACUCCGCUGCACUAUUUUGCUGCUUCACCCUAUCCAGAGCUAUUUGAUACCCUUGCAAAACACGAUUCUCCUGCCGUCAAAAGGGCAAUUGAUCAUGUGACUGUUGAUGGUAUUAGCUACAAUCCCAUCGCAGAAACUGCAUUAACAGUCGCCGUGAAGGCAAAAAACACUACCACCAUUACGAAACUACUUGAUCUUGGUGCAUCGGUAAACAUUGAGUUUGGCAACUACAUGAAAUCCGCUCUACUUCGAUGGGACAGCCUAAAAAACUCGGACUCGAAACAAAACCUAGCGCAAUUCCAAGGAAACGUUUCGCAGCCCGUUGUAAUUGCUAUACUGACGGAUCAACCACUAGUUGCAAUACAUCUGUUGGGACGAGGAGCUGAUCCAAAUACCCUUUCCGCCUCUGGAUACUCGCUACUCAAUACGAAAUAUUGUUAUGGAAACAAGGAAGGAGAGUCGCUGUUAGAUCUUGUCGCCAUUAAAACCUGGCAAUUACGCGAUUAUAAGGAAAGCUCCGGCGCAGAACCACCAUUGCCCUUGGAAUGUGAUGAAAGUUACCUAUCGCCCUACAAAGAAGGGACCUAUCAAAUGCGUGUUGCCAAGGCACGCUUGGAAGAGGAAAAUACUAGGUUCAAAAAGGAGCAGGAGAGCUAUGAAAGUAAGAUAAAAGAGGCUGAGAACCUCAAGGGCCUCGAAGAGAAGAAAUGUGCGGUUGAAGCCCUUCUCCACGACUUUAAAGCUCUUGAGUCGGCAUUGGUUGCGAAAGGGGCCAAAACAUUCAAGGAACUAUAUCCAGAUGUUGAUGGUUCCGAAUAUAUGCAUAGGUGGCGAACUAACAAUCCAUGGAAGCGCGAGCCAUUCAAAAUCGAAUUCAUUUUUAAUGCUCCAGAUCUAUCAGAUGAGAAGCAAAAAGGCUAUAUAAAACUGUUCGAAGCUGCAUGGUUGGGUGACCUUGAGACCAUCAAAUUACUGACGUUAGAGAUGUGGGGUCCUAAUAAGGAUAUGUCUCCUCUCUCAGCUGCUGUGAGCGAUAGUACCGGAGCUUCUCCAUUUUCUUUGGCAGUUCUGCGGGGCCAUCUCGAUGUCGCAAAAGCCAUUCUUCAAAUUGUGCGGGCACAAUACAAACCAGAGGUUCCUGCUCAAAAGACCUUUAGGAUGGACUCAGAUAAUGAAAGCGACUAUUCCGAUAACGAUCCCGAUAACGAUGAUGUUUCGUGUGAAGGCGAACUUGCAAUCACAGGCGAAAAGAUAUGCGAUGAAUUCACUAUUGAUAAUAUCGGCGAGACGGCUACCAAGGCAGAGAGUAACGUUUCGCCUCUUCAAGUCUUGCAAAAGCCUUGCAAGAUCGGUCUACUUCUAGACCACGAAGACUGCAAGGUUAAUGUUUGGAGUAAUCCAGAUCUUUUUGACCAUGCCAUCGUGAAUGAUAAUAUCGACUUGUUAAGAUUCCUCCUUGACCUUGGACAAUCUGAAGUCAUUAGUGGGGUGGAGAAUGGUUCUUAUACCUUAUUAUCUGACCACCAUCUUGAUAAAGCAAUACAAUGUGGUCAGCCUCGAUUCCUUGCGGAGAUUAUCAGUCGAACUGGAGCUGGGUUGCCACUCAACAAAUUUGUGGAGGAAAGUGGAAUUGUUCUCAAAAACAAGUCUCGAUAUUACCAAGGUUUAUCAAUCCAUGGGAAGAAACGUGAGGACUGGGCUGCCGCUGCUGGCCAAGAAGCUCCUACAGCCGCACAGGAUAAGUCAGCUCCACUUCUUCUUCGGGCAGCUGUUUAUGGGAACCUAAGUGCCGUAGAGUGGUUACUCAGUACAGCCCCUAAACGACAUUACAUGGACUAUGCAAAUUCCAACAAACAAGACAAGAGGCUGAGGAAGCUAGCUCAAAUAGACAAUGGAAUUGAGGGAUCCAUCCAAAAAUGGCUCAAUUUAAGGAAUGAUCUUCUCCUGCAUUGUGCUAUUCUGUCUAGAGAAAACGACGAGUCUACGAGACUCGUCAAAUAUAUCGUAGACAAUCUUCCAAAUUGUCUUGAAACGAAAUCUCCCAAAGGAUAUACACCUUUGCUUCUCGCCUUCUCCAAACAGAGAUGCCGUUUCGCCAAAAUUCUCAUCGAUGCCGGUGCCAACCAGGAAGCCCGUGACAUUAAGGGCAAUAACAUCCUCCACAUACUUCUCCGACCAAAUGGCGGAAAAUUAUAUCCAAUGGAGUUGGAACCGAUCAAGACUCUCCUUGAUUUUCUGGACCCUCGUCUACUCUCUUCCCUCCUUACGGCCCGCUCCUCAGAUGAGCCGGGGGCACUUACACCCUUCGCUUCUUGGAUACAUAGCUUAACAGCAGGUGGCCAAGGUUUAGUGGGUGAUGAGAAGCUCAAGGUCACAAAGUUACUACUUGACUUUGCUGAACCCACUGGACAAACUCAUCUCGAACUGCUUGACGGAGCUGGAAAUACACCCAUUCACAACGCCGUUAGAUGUCAACAAACAUACUUACUUAAACUGAUGCUAGAACGCCGUCCAGAUCUACUUACACGGGAGAACUCGACGGGCAGUACCCCGAUGGAGCUGGCGAGGGAUGCCUGGGCUACCAAGGCCACAUCCGACCCACCAAAGCUUCCCACGUUUACGAUGGCAGAUCGAUACUAUAGCUCACAUAACCUAUUGUAUACUCCAGCUAUUCUUGCAGAAAAGCCCGAAUUCUUUGUUCUCGGCAAGACUAAGAAAGGAAGGGGCCGCGCUUCCAUUUAUAAAACAUGUCUAAGCUUCGUGCCAACUGAAGAAACGAACAGAAAGAGGAAGCUUGUUAGCCUGUUUGAAGCCAACGACGUUGCAAAGCGGGUGGAUACACGAGUUAAGCCACGAUUUAGGAGAAGGUUGGAUAAUAAUAUUGAGGGAGACGAUGAGGUUUCUAAAUGGUACGAUUGGCACCGAUAG